AAUAAAUAUUUUAAAUAGUGUUUAACUGAAAUAGUAAGUGAAAGUAGUAGUGAAACUGAAAGUAAAUUCGACAACUAUUUUAUGUAGCUUCACACGAGACAGCUCAACAGCAGGAGAAAUGAGUUGUGAUGGCGACCAGCACACAAUGCAGUCCUCAGAUGAUGUGCUGCCCACUCCUGGUGACAUCCAGGUCCUGUUGCUGACAUUAGAUUCUGUGUCUCUGAGCUGGAGUUCUCCUCAAGGGCUGACAGGACCACAGACAUUCAGAGUGACCUGGGGGUGUGACGGUGAAACAAGCUCAACAAGAGUGAAAGAUGUGCAUCAUCUUGAAAUAAGCAGUCUCAAACCUGAUGAAAAGUACCAGUUCAACAUGGCAACAGAGGGAGAAGAUGGAAGACAAAGCAGAUGGGUGUCAGCAUCCCUAUCUACAGUGGUCACACCCAGAGAUUUAAAGGUAGACCAUUUGGAAGAGACCUCCUUCACUCUCCACUGGUCCAAGGCUGAAGGGAUGGAGAAAGUCCCACAGCACUUCUUCAUAUCCAACUGCAUCCCAGGAACAGACCCCCUCACAGCCGUUACUGACGACUGCCACAAAACCUUCUCAAACCUGCAGCCUGGCACUGAGUACACUGUUAGUGUUGCAACUGUGCUGAGUAAUGGGGAACAGAGUGAACCUGUCUCUACAACAGUCUGCACUAUACUUCCUGCUCCAGACCAGCUGACUGUUGACUCAGUGGACACCACAUCAGCUGCUGUUAGCUGGAGCCAGCCACCAGGAUUGGACCAAACCCAACAUCAUUACCAGAUCUCCUACCGCUGUCCAGGGAUAAAACCACACAUCACUACCACAUCUUCACCCAGCAUCACUCUCUCUGACCUGAAACCUGCUACUGAGUACUCGGUCACUGUCUGCACUGUGCUGGAAAAUGGAAAGCAAAGUCAACUGGUGUUAACGACCCUCACCACAGUACCCACUGCUCCUGGCCAGCUGACUGUUGACACCACAUCAGCUACUGUUAGCUGGAGCCAGCCACCAGGAUUGGACCAAACCCAACAUCAUUACCAGAUCUCCUACCACUGUCCAGGGACAGAACCACACUACACUACCACAUCUUUACACAGCAUCAGUCUCUCUGACCUGCAAUGUGGUACUCAGUACUCUGUCACUGUCUGCACUGUGCUGGAAAAUGGAAAGAAAAGUCGACUGGUGUCAACAACCCUCACCACAGUACUUCCUGCUCCAGACCAGCUGACCGUUGACUCAGUGGACACCACAUCAGCUGCUGUUAGCUGGAACCAGCCACCAGGAUUGAACCAAACCCAACAUCAUUACCAGAUCUCCUACCGCUGUCCAGGGACAGAACCACACAUCACUACCACAUCUUCACACAGCAUCACUCUCUCUGACCUGCAAUGUGGUACUCAGUACUCUGUCACUGUCUGCACUGUGCUGGAAAAUGGAAGGCAAAGUCGACUAGUGUCAACAACCCUCACCACAAUACUUCCUGCUCCAGACCAGCUGACUGUUGACUCAGUGGACACCACAUCAGCUGCUGUUAGCUGGAGUCAGCCACCAGGAUUGAACCAAACCCAACAUCAUUAUCAUUACCAAAUCUCCUACCAGUGUCCAGGGACAAAACCACACAUCACUACCACAUCUUCACACAGCAUCAGUCUCUCUGACCUGCAAUGUGGUACUCAGUACUCCGUCACUGUCUGCACUGUGCUGGAAAAUGGAAAGCAAAGUCAACUGGUGUCAACAACCCUAACCACAGUACUUCCUGCUCCAGACCAGCUGACUGUUGACUCAGUGGACACCACAUCAGCUGCUGUUAGCUGGAGUCAGCCACCAGGAUUGGACCAAACCCAACAUCAGUACCAGAUCUCCUACCACUGUCCAGGGACAGAACCACACAUCACCACCACGUCUUCACCCAGCAUCACUCUCUCUGACCUGAAACCUGCUACUGAAUACUCUGUCACUGUCUGCACUGUGCUGGAAAAUGGAAAGCAAAGUCAACUGGUGUCAACAACCUUCACCACAAUACUUCCUGCUCCAGACCAGCUGACUGUUGACUCGGUGGACACCACAUCAGCUGCUGUUAGCUGGAACCAGCCACCAGGAUUGGACCAAACCCAACAUCAUUACCAGAUCUCCUAUCGCUGUUCAGGGACAGAACCACACAUCGCUACCACAUCUUCACACAGCAUCACUCUCUCUGACCUGCAACCUGCUACUCAGUACUCUGUCACUGUCUGCACUGUGCUGGAAAAUGGAAAGCAAAGUCAACUGGUGUCCACAACCUUCACCACAAAACAUGUUCAGUGGUGGAAGAGACCCUCCACAGUUGCUGCAGUGUUUGUUCUACUGGCUGUGAUCAUAGGCCUGUGGGAUUCCUAUGCAACUUCAGAGCGAGACCAGCUACAGAAUAGUCUAAAUACCAGGACCACAGAGAGAGACCAGCUACAGACCAGUUACAACACCCCGACUAAAGAGAGAGACCAGCUACAGAUAAGUUACAACACCCUGACUAAAGAGAGAGACCAGCUACAGAAUCGUCUAAAUACCAGGACCACAGAAAGAGACCAGCUACAGACCAGUUACAACACCCUGACUAAAGAGAGAGACCAGCUACAGAUAAGUUACAACACCCUGACUAUAGAGAGAGACCAGCUACAGAGUAGUCUAAAUACCAGAACCACUGAAAUAGACAAGUUGAAGAAGAGUCUGAACACUACAACUAUGGAGCGUGACCAGCUACAGAAGGAGAUAGAAAGACUGAACUGGGAGAACAAAGGGUCCUGUCCUGAAGGAUGGAGAAGGUUUGGCUGCAGCUGUUACUACCUCUCUACUGAGAGGAAAUCCUGGGAGGAGAGUAGACAGGACUGUCUGGAGAGAGGAGCAGAUCUGGUGAUCAUUAACAGUGAAGAGGAACAGACAUUCAUCAAUGGGUUUAAAUCAGUCAGUUAUGUCUGGAUUGGUCUGACUGACUCUGUUACUGAGGGGACCUGGAAAUGGGUGGACGGCACCCCACUGACCACCCCAAGGUAUUGGUGGAGUGGAGAGCCUGGUGGUGGUACGUACCAGAACUGUGGGGAAAUCUAUUACAUAUCGUCAGGCCAAGGAGUAUGGAGGGAUUUGGGAUGUUCGUUUUCACAAGAAUGGAUCUGUGAGAAAUAGGCUUCUCAUAGGUACUUUUAAUGAACUCUCUACUGUAUGUUAAUGAUGCUCUGUAGACUGGUGUGAUUUGAUAGAAUGGUACUCUGAACUUCAGGUAGGAGAGAAACAAAUGUUCACAUUCAGACAGACACACACACACAAGAAGACACUGAUCUGAACCUGAGUCUCCCACAGGAGAAACCAACUUCUUCAUUAGAUAAGGAGGUAAUCCUCUUGGGCCGAGAGCUGACACUGAUUUUUGAAGUCGCAGGUUGGGCUGCCGCAUCACGUGACCAGGAGCAACAUGACUGACUACUGUCUGCUGCACAAGCUGACACACAAUCAUGUAUUCAUACUGUAUGUCAAAAAGUGUGAAUAAAUAGGGGCAUAACAUCUGUAAUCUAGAAGGACAAGACAUCUCCCUGCCUCUUUAGGACAGUGAAUUUUACAGUGUACAUUUUAAAGGUCUACUCCUAAACUUGAAGAAAGAAAAACUGGUGUCAAUAAGACAUUGUGCCUUUUAAGACAGAGUGAA